GGAAAACAACCUCAAUCAGAAGAUUGUAUGAACGCAUGGCCUUAUCAAAACACAAGACGGCUUGACGAAUAUGUAGUAAGUGGAUAAACAAAACAAGAAAAAGAAAUAAGACGGCUUGAACACCACGGCGACGUCGUUUGGUUUUCGCUUGCUCUGAACUUGUCAAGGGCGAGGUCUGAGAACGAAGGGACGUUUGGUGUGCAGUCGGGACUGCGUCAGAGACUGGAUUCCACAGCUCUGCAAGAAAUUAACCGCGAUUCAAAUUUCAACGCGCACCUCCUCCUCCUCUUUCUCACAAGAGGAACAGGCGUCCGGGUCGCUAGCCAUCCGAAAUCGCCAUGCAGCUCGCCGUAGGCCGGAAUAGCCGCCACCGCGGCAGCUGCCUCCGUCAGCUCGGCCAACUAACCACUCUCAUCCUCCUGCUGCUGCUGCAAGCCAAGAAGACCUGCUCGGUCAGCGACGUCAGCGGCAACGAGACGGACCGCGCCGCCCUGCUGGCUUUCAAGCACGCCGUCUCCGGCGGUCCCGCCGGUCCGCUGAGCUCCUGGAACGAUUCCCUGCCCUUUUGCCGGUGGCGGGGCGUCUCGUGCCUGCCACGCCACGCCCAUGCCGGCAGAGUGACCACGCUGUCGCUCGCUUCUCUGGGCCUCACGGGUUCCAUCCCGGCGGUCCUCGGCAACCUCACCUUCCUCUCCUCUCUUGAGCUGUCGGGCAACGCGCUCACCGGGGCCAUACCGCCGUCCAUCGGCGGAAUGCGGCGCCUCCGCUGGCUGGACCUCUCGGGCAACCAGCUCGGCGGUGCCAUCCCACCUGAGGCGGUGGCACCUCUCACCAACUUGACGCACCUCAACCUGUCCCGCAACCAGCUCGUCGGCGAUAUCCCGCCGGAGCUCGGCCGUCUCGCCGCUCUCGUAGAUCUGGACCUCUCCAGGAACCACUUCACGGGGAGCAUACCUCCAUCCGUUGCCGCGUUGUCGUCGUUGCAGUCAAUUAACCUCGGGGCCAACAACCUCACCGGGACUAUUCCGCCGUCGUUGUUCGCGAACCUGACGGCCCUCGUCGGGUUCGGCGUCAACUCCAACAACCUUCAUGGGAGCUUGCCGGAGGAGAUAGGCCUGUCCAGGAGCCUGCAGUACAUCGUGGCGUCCUUGAACAAUCUCGACGGCGAGCUCCCGGCUUCCAUGUACAACGUCACGUCCAUCAGGAUGAUCGAGCUGUCAUACAACUCAUUCACGGGGAGCCUCCGCCCUGACAUCGGUGACCGGCUCCCAGACCUCUACUUCCUCAGCAUGUUCGGGAACGAGCUCGCCGGUGGAGUGCCGGCGAGCUUGGCAAACGCAUCGGCGAUGCAGACUAUCAACCUGGGCGAAAACUAUCUCGUCGGUCUUGUGCCAGUGAAUCUCGGUGGGCUCAGAGACCUCCUUUCUCUGUCCCUGAGCUUCAACAAUUUGCAAGCCGCCACGCCAAGCGAGUGGCAGUUCCUUGACGACCUGACCAACUGCAGCAAGCUGAAGACGCUGCACAUGUUCCACAACGAUCUCUCCGGCGAGCUCCCGUCAUCGGUCGCCAACUUGUCGACGGAGCUCGUCUGGCUCUCCUUGUCGUACAACCGAAUAUCCGGGACCAUCCCUUCCGGCAUCGGCAACCUGGCGCGGCUGGCGACCUUCCGGUUGCAGGCGAACAACUUCUUUGGGCCCAUCCCGGAGUCCGUCGGCCUUCUAGCUAACAUGGUUGACUUCCUCGUCUUCGGGAACCGGCUCACCGGCACGAUACCGCUCUCGCUGGGCAACCUCACCAAGCUCACCGAGCUCGAGCUGAGUGAGAACAAGCUCGUCGGCGAGGUGCCGCCCAGCCUGGCGGGUUGCCGGAGCCUGGGCUACCUUAGCGUCGGUGGGAACCGGCUCACCGGCACCAUCCCGCCGCGGAUCUUCACCAUCACGGCCAUGUCAUACAUCCUAAACAUGUCGAACAAUUUCCUAUCAGGUGAUCUGCCCGUGGAGGUUGGCCACCUUCAGAAUCUCCAAACGUUGGAUCUGGCCAAUAACAGGUUGACCGGUGCGAUCCCCGUGACGAUCGGCCAAUGUCAGAUCCUUCAGAGGCUUGAUCUCCAUGGCAAUCUGUUCACGGGCAGUGUCUCGCUGUCGUCGUUCGGGAGCCUCAAGGGCUUAGAGGAGCUGGACAUGUCCGGCAACAACCUGUCCGGUGAGUUUCCGGGCUUUCUGCAAGACUUGCAGUACUUGCGCCUCCUGAACCUGUCCUUCAACCGUCUUGUCGGAGAGGUCCCUGUGAAGGGAGUAUUCGCCAACGCGACGGCGGUUCAGGUCGCCGGAAACGGCGAUCUUCUCUGUGGAGGCAUCCCGGAGUUGCGCCUACGGCCCUGUGCAACCGACACGACGCUACCGGCGACGGAUAGGUUGCUUGCCGUGAAGCUGGCUGUUCCCCUCGCGUGCAUCGCCGUCGUUCUGGUCAUUUCAGUGUCUCUGGUGUUGACGAGGAGGCGUGGGAAAAGGGCUUGGCCGAAAGUGGCAAAUCGAUUGGAGGAGUUGCACCGAAAGGUGUCGUACGCCGAGCUCUCCAACGCGACCGACGGGUUCUCCUCCGGCAACUUGAUUGGUGCCGGCUCACAUGGCUCGGUGUACCGAGGAACCAUGCUCCAGGAGGACGGCACUGAGCUCGCUGUCGCCGUGAAGGUCUUCGGCCUCCGGCAGCAGCAAGGCGCGCCGGCGACCUUCGCCGCCGAGUGCGAGGCCCUGCGGCACGCUCGGCACCGCAACCUCGCCAGGAUCCUGAUGGUGUGCGCGAGCCUGGACAGCAAAGGGGAGGAGUUCAAGGCGCUGGUGUACGGGUACAUGCCCAACGGGAGCCUCGAGAGGUGGCUGCACCCGGAGCCCAGCGACAGCGGCGGCACGCUGACGCUGGUGCAGAGGCUCAACGCCGCCGCCGACGUCGCAUCGGCGCUUGAUUACCUCCACAACGACUGCCAGGUGCCGAUCGCGCACUGCGAUCUCAAGCCGAGCAACGUCCUUCUCGACGACGACAUGGUCGCACGCGUCGGCGACUUUGGUCUCGCGCGGUUUCUCGACAGCACCGAGCCCUGUGCUCGCCAAGCCAGCUCCCUGGUCCUCAUGGGUUCCAUUGGUUACAUCGCUCCAGAGUACAGGAUGGGCGGGCAAGCGUGUGCGAGUGGCGACGUGUACAGCUACGGGAUCCUGCUGCUGGAGAUGCUCACCGGGAAGAGGCCUACGGACGCGAUGUUCCGGGAUGGGCUGACGCUCGCGGGAUUCGUCGGGGAGGCGGCGGACUCCGGAGGAGACGACGGCGUCUUGUCCGUAGUCGAUCCGCGGCUGCUCGUGCUCGGUGCGGGAAGAAACCGUGGACACCGGCCGUUGGUUCAGGGUGCUUCAGCAGAGGAACGCUGUCUGUUUUCGGUGGCGACGAUUGGGGUCUCGUGCGCUAGCGAGCUGCAGAUGGAGCGGCCCGGCAUGAAACAGGUGGCCAACGAGAUGGCCAAACUACGGGCAUCUCUCUUGGAUUCUGUUCUCCUGAAGACUUCAGCAGGAGAAGUAGAAUGUUACGGAACAGAGUCGUUAGGUUAAGAUUUGCACGCCAUCCAUACUAAAUAAGUUUAUCGUCCGUUUUGAAUCAUAAAACAAAAAUCAGAUCCGACGGCUGACCAAUUUUGACACGAAUCUCAAUUCUAUAGUUUCUGAUAUGGCUGUAGUUAUAUCUAAAUUGCUUGAUUUUUAAGCAAAAGGUUUAAAUCUAAAUUGAUGAAUAGAACCGUUA